AGGGUAGAGAUUGUGGCGCGGGGCCGGUGGUUUGGUUGCGCGCGAGCGGGCUCGAUUGUUUCCUUUGAAUUUUUUUGAAAAUAAUUCGAAAUAAACGGCGAGCGGCAGCAGCCCCCGUUCCGCAUGGUGAGAAUGGCGGAUAAAGAGGUUUAUGACGACGCAGUGGAGGAGCGUGUGAUCAAUGAAGAAUAUAAAAUAUGGAAGAAGAAUACUCCAUUUUUGUAUGAUUUGGUUAUGACUCAUGCAUUAGAAUGGCCAAGUCUUACCGUACAGUGGCUACCUGAUGUAACCAGGCCUGAAGGAAAAGAUUAUAGUAUUCACCGUUUGGUGUUAGGGACACAUACAUCUGAUGAACAGAACCAUUUGGUUAUUGCAAGUGUCCAGAUCCCCAAUGAUGACGCUCAGUUUGAUGCUUCUCACUAUGAUAGUGAGAAGGGAGAAUUUGGUGGAUUUGGGUCUGUAAGUGGAAAAAUAGAAAUAGAAAUUAAGAUCAACCAUGAAGGUGAAGUCAAUAGGGCACGUUAUAUGCCACAAAAUCCAUGCAUCAUUGCCACCAAAACUCCAACCUCUGAUGUCCUUGUCUUUGAUUACACCAAACAUCCAUCCAAACCAGAUCCAAGUGGCGAGUGUAAUCCUGAUCUGCGGCUACGUGGUCACCAAAAAGAAGGGUAUGGCCUCUCCUGGAACCCAAAUCUAAGUGGACAUCUUCUUAGUGCUUCUGAUGAUCAUACUAUCUGUCUUUGGGACAUUAGUGCAGGUCCAAAAGAAGGAAAGAUAGUUGAUGCUAAAACAAUCUUUACAGGUCACACUGCAGUAGUAGAAGAUGUGUCCUGGCAUUUAUUACAUGAAUCCUUGUUUGGAUCAGUGGCUGAUGACCAGAAACUCAUGAUCUGGGAUACCAGGUCAAACAAUACUUCAAAGCCUAGCCACUCUGUGGAUGCACAUACAGCUGAAGUCAACUGCUUGUCUUUCAACCCAUACAGUGAAUUUAUCCUGGCAACUGGCUCUGCUGACAAGACGGUGGCAUUAUGGGACCUUCGAAAUCUUAAAUUAAAGCUUCAUUCCUUCGAGUCACACAAGGAUGAGAUCUUCCAGGUCCAGUGGUCUCCACAUAAUGAAACUAUCCUUGCUUCUAGUGGUACAGAUCGUCGCCUCAAUGUUUGGGAUUUAAGCAAAAUUGGCGAGGAGCAAUCAGCAGAAGAUGCAGAAGAUGGACCUCCAGAACUACUGUUUAUUCAUGGAGGCCACACUGCAAAGAUUUCUGAUUUCUCCUGGAAUCCAAAUGAACCAUGGGUAAUCUGUUCAGUUUCAGAAGAUAAUAUUAUGCAAGUUUGGCAGAUGGCUGAGAAUAUUUACAAUGAUGAAGAACCUGAUACACCAGCUUCUGAACUAGAGAGUCAAGGAUCAUAAGCCUCGUUUUGCCAACCACUUUUAAGAGGUCUGGAAAAAAAAAUUCGACUGAAUCUUACUACAACAGUUUUCCAACUGGUCCUUUCCAGUCAAGUGCUGGGGCUUUUGUAUAUAUAAAGCACUUACGGAAAUUCUGACAUGCAAUUCCUGUAAUUUUCAGUGAAUGUCGUUCAGAAAUUUUGGAAGUGUUUUGAGAAUGCAAGGCCUGAUUUAUGCAGUAGUACGUGAUUGUAUUUCUUAGCAUGUAUAAAAGCUUAUUGAUAGCUGCUUGAAAUCUAAAGCACAAAUUGUGUAUACUUAUGUUUUGCCAUAAUACAGCUUGACCCUGAAAUGUGAUUGGCAGCAGGGACAUGGAUUUUGGAGUAUGUAUGUCACUUGAUUUCAAUGAAAGUGUGUUAAAACUGAAGAAGUCUCUACAAGGAAAUUUUAUCCUUAAACUCUGAGUAUAGGGAAAAAAAAUUAUCUUAAGUGCACGUAGCAGCACUUGGAAUUCUUUGCCUUGCAUUUGUCCAACCCUCUCCAGGCUCACAACACGUGCAUACAGUGGUGGUUCAAACUGCCAUUUAACUUUCCAGCAUUUGUUGCUGGAGCACAACAUCCAUGUCCACAAUUUUUAAAUAAUUGCAGUGUAUGUUGUAUUGAACAUAAUAUUUACAUGUUUUUCAGUGUAAUUCAGCCAAUGGUGAAGAAUUGCUACUGCGGUCCUCAGAGGGAUAAGAACUAACGUAUGUGGUGUAGGUUUCUUAGUGUUUGAGGCUCUUGUGUGUGAGAGUGUAUGCAGUUAUGAAUUUCUGUAGAAAUUUGCUUGUCUUGUAUUUUCCUUAAUUUUAAAAAUGCAGUUGAUGCACAUUGUAGAGCAGGGAUUAUACAAACAAAAUAAACUUUUUGUAAUGAUUUCUAAAAUUUCUCUAUUUUUUUUUAAAGAGGCAGAAUUUUAUUGAAAAGCAUAUUAGAGAUUAUUUACUUUAUCUUUUGAGUGAAAUCUCAUUGCAAAAUAAAGGGUGGUUGGUACAAAUGAUGCAGGACAUUUUCAAAUUAAACAGUCCAUUUAUGUGUUGGAGCUAUAGUAGAGAUCUUUUUUUUAAAUCAGAAGUACACAAAGGAGUACAGAGAUUGAGAUUUAUAGUGAUGAAAGAAGUUGCAGGGAAUGAGGUUUGAUGGAAGAGUUGGGCAAGGGGAACUUUUGACCUGAACUAUUGUUGGAGCAGGACCAUGUUGCUCAGCAAGCACAAACCUGAUAAAUGAAUGAGAUGGAGCAAGUUAAGAUGGUAGCAGAGAUGUGGAUGAGCACAGCUUUCUAUAUGGUGGAUGUUAGGAGGGUAGAAGAAGACUGUUGAGAGGUAUGUUGUCAGGUGGAACAAAGGUUUGAAUAAGGGUUUCAGCAGCUAAUAAGCAAUGACAGGACAGAUAUUGUACAGAUGAAAUGGGUAUCUGAGGAACUAUGAACUAAAAUUCAGUUGUGUCAAACAGUACUGAAGAUUUGAAUAGUGUUCUUCAACUUGUCAAUUGCUUUGUUGCAAACAGCAGCCAAGGAUUUCUGGUUGUGUAGGGGGUCAUCUCCAUAUCGUAGGAAAUUUCUGUUCUUGGAGUACUGGGUGAUGAAUCUGGAGUGGUCUAGAGAAAAGCAGAGCCAAGCAUGCUUAGCUUGUGUGUAGAACCUGAUGCAUUUUGUAGUGAUAUUGUGAUGGGUGAGCUUUUAGAUGAGAUACAGGAGUCUAAGAAUAGAUCCUUGGUGUACUUGAAGUAACUAGAAGUGGGAGAGAAAACAUUGCAAGUGAUUCUCUGGCCAGAAUUGUUGCUCCAAGUUGAUUGAAGUUGGAGGCAUUGAAGGAGAAUGUAGAAUUAUGUAUCAAAGGUUGCCAUUUGAUCAAGAUAAAUGAGGGACACAUUAACAUUAUCGCGAUUGUUAAGAAUGGUAUUUGUGAUCUUGAUUGCGAUCACUUUAGACUGUGGCAGACCAGAAACAAGAUAAGAUAAAAGGGUUUUGGACAUGGGAUUGAGGGGAAAGAUGAGCAUAUACUUGGGAGGUCACAGGCAGUUAUUCACAAUCUAUAGCUAAGGUUUGACUGAGGAGAGCACAUGUAGUAUUUCCUUGCUUGACUAUGCUAAACUAGGUGGGAUUUUGAUACUUCACAUGCUCCAAAGAGGCUUUGAGGUACAUGAGCAAGUAAGCGAAUGGGCGAGAACAUGGCAGAUGGAAAAUGUGGAAAGAAUGAGUUCACCCACUGGUUAACAUAAAGGCAGAAUAUUUAAGUGGUGAGAGAUGGGGUAGUGCUGAUAUUCAAAGAGGUGUGCUUGUGCACAAGUUACUGGAGGCCACUGUAUGUGCAAUAGGCAAUUAGGAGGGUAUAAGGUAUGCUUGCCUUUUGUUUUUUUUAAUAUAUUUCUUUACAAUAUUAGCCAUUUGACCCAUUGGAGCAAUCCCAUUCCCCACCUUAUUUUCCUGUAACCUCUUGCACAUGCCUGUCAAUUCCAUCCAUGAUUCUCCUACCCACCUACAUAAGUGUUAAUUUGUAGUAGCUGAUUAACCUAGUGAACUACCUGUCUUUGGAAUGUGGGAGGAAACCCAUGCAGUCACAGGCAGAAUGUACGAAUUUAACACUUGCGGCACCAGAGGUCAGAAUCAACCCCAGAUCACUUUCCUAUCCAUCUCUUUCAUAAUCUCUAGUUUGCUGAAAUUUGGCAAGAACCAGUGGCUGUUGCCACCAGCUGGGUUUGAACACUUUUGCACAGGGUGUGAUUACAGGAGAAAGUUUUACUGCAUUUGUACAGGACAUUGGUGAAACUGUUCUUAGAGUACUAUAUACAGUUUUGAUCUCCUUUCCUAACAAAAAAAAGAUAAAGGGAAUGCUACAAAGAUGCACUGGUGCCUGAGAUGAUGGGUUUAGUUUAGUAAGAAAUUUGGGUAGACUAGGACUGUAUUCUAUAGUUUAGAAGAAUGAGAGGUCACAUCAACAUGUAUAAAAUUCGUAAAGGGCUUGACAGUGUGGAUGUGAAGAGGAUGUUUCCUCUUGAUGAGUUGAGAACCAGGGAACAGUUUGAGAAUAAGGAUAAAUCACUUAGCACUGAGGAAGAAAUGUCUUCAGUCAGGGUGGUGAACUAUUGGAAUUCUCUAUCUCAGAGGCUGUAAGAGGCUCAGUUGUGUGUUCAUUCAAAGCAGAUUGAUAGAUUUCUGGCUAUGAAGGGAAUUGAGGGAUUAUGGGGAUAGUUGUGUUCUUGAUGAAUGGGGGAGGCUGAAAGGGCUAGAUAGACUACUUCUGUCCCAUUUCGUUAUGUUCUGAUGUACAGUGUCAUUAAAGGAUUUUGGAAGGAAAGGGAGGUUGGAAGGGGUAGCAAUAUGCAAAGACAGUGGGAUUUUAAUUUGAGGAAGUGGAUGAUAUUGGGAACCUUUAAAAGCAAGGGAGGAUAAGGGGGGGGAGAAACAGCAAAUAGUUUCCUUUAAAAUGCUAUUGGCUAACAUCAGCCCAAAAGAAGAAGCUGCAUGACCAACAGCAUAAUUGGAAAUGGGAUCAAAGGAAUGAGAAAUGGGCCUUGCAAGAUAAUAGUUCUGGUCUCCACAUUGCAGGAAGGAUGUAGAGGCUUUGGAGAAAGUGCAGAAGAGGUUCACUGGGACAUUGCUUGGAUGAGAGAGUAUUGGCUAUAAGGAAAGGUUGAACAAACUUGUACUGUUUUCUCUGGAGUGUUGGAGGCUGAGGGGCAAUGAUGGAAGUGCAUGCAAUUGAGAGGCAUAGAUAGGGUAGAGACUUUUUUCCCCCCAGGGUGGAACUGGCAAGUACUAAUGAGCAUAGUGGUAAAAUUGAAAGGAGAUUUGUAAGUCGUUUUUUUUCCCCACAGGGUGGUAGGUGCCUGCACUGUGCUGCCGGAGGUAAUGAUGGAAGCAGAUGCAAUAGCAAUGUUCAAGAGGCACUUAGACAUGAACAGGCAGCGAACAGAGGGAUAUAGAUGUGCAGUUUAAAAUUGGCAUCAUGGUCAACACAGACAUGGGCUGAAGAUCCUGUUCCUGUGCUGUACUGUUAAAUGUUCUAAGAUUAGAGAUGGCCAAGCUGGAGAUGUGGUUGAAAGGACAAGAGCGACUGGGAACAUAGUGUGUGAAUGUUUGUCUAGUGGGGAAGGGAUGGAUGCAGAGGCAGCUUAACUACUUACGGGCAAUGAAAUACUAGGUACUUAAUAUAGCAGCUAUUUGUAAGGUGGAAAAUUUCAUAGCAAGCCCCCACGGUCAGUUAUAGGAUAAUGACCAAGAAUCUACUAUGAGUGUAGAUUGAGAAAUAAAUGUUAACCAGGUCAUCUGGGAUAACUUCCCUAUGGAUCUUCAGCCAUCUGAGAGGUCAGAUGGCAUUUUGGAUUAGCAUGAGCUUAAAAGAAGGCACUUCCAAUACUGCAGCUCUUUAGUAUUACAUCAAGUUAAAAAUUUCCACUCAAAUUUGAGUGGAUGUUGAACCCACAGCCUGUACUUUUAUUUUUAGAUGUAUAAUGACUGGCAAAAUUCACCUACUGUUCGACUUGGAGCAGACUGAUCUUUCAGGACCAUUGAUUAAGCCAUUCAGUGCUGGUGCAAAUGAGUAGAUGGCAUGCUCUCCCCUAACAUUGCAAUUCUGGAUUUCAGCAUCAGGUUUCAAAUCACUACAAGUGUCCUGUUUGAAAUCGGUGAUGUUUCAUUGUCCUUCACAGGUUGAAUUGCCAACAUAAAUACAGUUUUCAGUGAUAAUUUUUGGCCAUUUAAGUGAAUGUAUCAAGUAAUCGUCAAGAUUUAAGUACUUAAUGAAUUAAACCUGGAUUUUAUAACCUUUGAGGAUUUCAUUACAUCCAGUGACUUCAGUUGGAGUGUAUCCAUGAGGUGAGAAUUGAUGCAGACUCAAUCUUCAGAUGCAUGAUCUGGCAGCAUUCUGUUGAUGCUUGUGAUUUUCUGGUAAACUAGCAGAGAUCAACUGAAGCAACAAAUAUGGAACUAUGUAAAUAUUGCCAGCUUCAGUUUUUUUUAAACAAGGCAAAAAUGAAGGUUUCUGACUUCAUCUAAAAACCUGGGUUCUGGUUUGGUCAUUGAGGGGGGAAAAAAACUGUUCAGUGAAGCUGGGUUUUAUAGCCUUUAUUGGGUUUUCAAAAUUUAGACAGCUUGAGCAGGCUUGCUGUCACUUCCAGCAAUCUCCAAAUAAUCUGCAAGUAACCAAUUCAUUCAUAUGUAGUGAGUGUUACUUAAAAAAAACUAGCACAACUUGAACUUGAAGGAAAAAAUGUGGAAUGGAAAAGUUUUAGUUACAAAUUAGUAUUAUGGUCAAAAUGGAGUAACACAGACUUGUGUGGUGGUAAUUUUCUAGAUUAAAAGGGGAAGGUUACAAAUCCUUAAGUUAAAUUGUUUUUCCAUGUGUUGUUCAUGUUAGAGAUCUGAUUAAGUGUAGGAGAAUGUUUUUGAAAUUCUUUCAUUCUGGUAGCCCUGGAAUUGAGAUCAAAUUCUGCAGGUCUUAGGGCAGGCGUGUACAACAUUCUCCAGCCAUUAUUCCACCCUAAAUGAAGGAACAACCUGUUCUAACUCAUCUUGGUUGGGGUAGGUUGGCAAUAAUUGUGCCACAUCCAGAUGCUGUAUUAAAUGUACCUGUAGGUGCCCACUGUCAUUUAGUAUAGGUCUCCUUCUCCCCAUUUCGUCCCCCCCCC